ACACGACCGACAAACCUGUUCAGCUCAUGGAGGAAGAUAAUUCCCAAAUACUUGAAUAUGCUCACUCUGAGUUUAAAAAGCACAACUUCAAACAGGCAGAAGAUCUGUACACAAAGUUUAUCUCUUCCUGCUUACAGCCCAGGGAAUGUGAAGCUAGUAGUUUGGCCACUGCUUAUAACAACCGCGGACAGAUAAAGUACCUGCGGGUGGAUUUUCAUGAAGCGGUGGAGGACUACACCUCCGCUAUACAGACUGACAGCCGGUUUGAAACACCUUUCUACAACAGAGGACUCAUCCACUACAGACUAGGCUUUUUUGACGAUGCCAAGAGUGACUUCCAGCAAGCAUUAAAGCUCAAUCCAGAUUUUGAAGAUGCCAAAGUGAGCCUGCAACAGACACUUCUGGACCAGCAGCACAAGAUUAACAGGGGAUACUGACAGAGUAAAUAUUUAAUAUAUGCUGAAAUCUGACGCAUGUUUUGCCAUGUGUUGUCAGUUUCAAUUUAUGUACACCUUUCAUAUAACAAAUUUGGUUAUUUAAUCUGACACUCAAUACUUUGAUUAUUUAGAGAUAUCAGCAUGAAGAUACACCUAAAAGUGAAAUGCAAACAGCAUAAAGCAACCAAUGACACAACUAAAAAUCAACCUAUAUCUUCAGAAACAUUUGCAGUUUGAACAAAUGAAAGGAAGUAGACAUCCCAAUGGAUCAGGCGCGACGCUUAUAUGGAUUUUUGUUAAGUGGAGCAUUGAUAAUUCCUUUUCUGCACUGAACUGAGACUAUUCCUGUUGGAAAAAAAACGUAAUGGCCUCAUAAAGGAAAGUAUAUCAUUGUGUAAGUCUGCGAGUGGACGGUGCAGACUAAUCGACCCAGGCAGGCGCAUCAUGUGGAACGAUGAGCUUGAGUUUUACUGUCGAUAGUAAAUGUCAGUGCACCAUCUUGAAGACACUGGGAGGAGGUUUAUUAUAAACAAACUGUAAUCAUGUGUUGGCAUACAGUAAUGAGGAGUGUCUCAGCUGCAAAAGAAAAAUGUGUUUCAUGUCUUAAAUUGGGUAUAGAUAUGUAAAUUUCCAGCAUACCAGCUACAUAAUAAGGUACAAAUGUAACAUAUCUGCAUUUGCCAGACUUUUUUUUUCUGGUCAUUAGGUUGAUUUUAAGGAAAAUUCGUCCUAGAUUCUUUUGACACAAGUUAAAUAAUUAAAAGAAAUAUAUUUAGGUUACCAAACACAAAUGUAUAUAUGUUUGUAAUGA